CCUCUGUAAACAGAUUUAUUCCUUCAUCAGUAAUGGGCCCUUUUCACACUUCGGCAGCUUGAUUUGGGUCCUUUUCGCUGUCAUGACACUCAUGUGUCUGUAGGGGGCAGCAGCCACUUUGAGCUCACAUGAAGACGCAGAGGAAGAAAGUACUUCGUGUUUAUGGUUAUCUAAACCCAGAAGCAGAAAUAUCGUCCAACACCGCAAACGAUCGGCGUCAGAUCAUCCUUUAAUGCGACGUAUUAGUUGGAUAUACAAGAACAUAUUUAAUACUCUCUCCGUGAAAAAUGUUAGAUGAUAAUUCGUAUAGAAACGAAACUGCAAACGUCGCCAGAGCAGGUUCGGAGAGGGGUUUGCCCCUUCGUAGUUCAGAGGAACGGGUUUUGAACCCUGCUGAUGGGACCCCUUCCUCCAGGUUCCUCCGCGCUGAACUGGAGUUGAACGCACAUCUUCGUAACCUUAAAUUCGGCGAACCAGUCUGCUACGUUUACAACCCGCUGCUGUACGCCUGGGACACCCACCGCUGCUACGUGGAGACGUACUGUCAGGGCGGACAAAGGAUCUUGUUUUUGGGGAUGAAUCCUGGACCGUUCGGAAUGGCACAAACCGGGGUUCCAUUCGGUGAGGUGAGGUCAGUGGUUGACUGGCUCAAGAUAACAGGGGAGGUUGGUCGUCCUGACAACGAGCACCCAAAGCGGCGGAUCAUGGGCCUUGGCUGCACUCAAAGUGAAGUGAGCGGAGCACGUUUUUGGGGUUUCUUCAGGAAACUGUGUGGUGAACCGGCGCGGUUUUUCCAACACUGCUUUGUGCAUAAUCUGUGCCCACUGAUCUUCAUGAGUGCCAGUGGGAAGAAUUUAACACCACCUGACCUGCCUCCAGCUGAACGAGAGAAACUGCUGGCUCUGUGUGACACUGCUCUGUGCCAAGUGGUGGAGGUACUCAAAGUCUCCAUGGUUAUCGGUGUAGGAAGGGUGGCGGAGCAGCGGGCGCGACGAGCUCUGUCUGCUGCAAGUAUCGAUGUUCGAGUUGAGGGUAUUAUGCAUCCAUCACCCAGGAACCCGAAGGCCAAUAAGGGCUGGGAGGAAAUAGCUAAAGCCAAGCUGAUAGAACUUGAUGUUCUUCCACUACUGAGUAACACUUGAGUUAAUAGAGAUUCACUCUGUAAAUGAAUUAAGAUAUGAGGUCAAACAUAUGGUUUAUUACUGCUUUGAAAAUACACACUUGCAGUUCUCCCUUUUAGUUCCAUCAAGCGUCAGCGACAAUGGCAGCAAACGACUUCAAGCAAAGCGGUUAAUACACUGUCAAGAGUAUUUCCGUAGUAUACAGUUUAUUCUGUAAAUGCAUCUGUUUUCAUUUGCUGUAAGCAUUUGAUUGUUCUGUGUUUUUUUAAAUAGGUCAGUGAAUGCAGCUUCUUUCUGGGUUGUGGGGCUAGAAAUAUUUCCACACUACUGUAACUGUAAUGCACUUUGUAUAUGUGCAUGUUCACCAAAACUUAAGCUCAAGGUAAAAAUUUUGGAUAUCAAAUAGACUUCUUAUGUCCAACCAGUCAAGUUCAGUAUUUAUCUGCUGAUAAAUAAAUGAGUUUUACUGCAUUAAAAUAACCAAACUCAUGACAUAUAUCAUGUUAAACGGUUUACUUUAACAGUUCAUUUUGCACGUUUGUCUUUAUAAUUUACUAUUAUAAUUUACUAUUUUAUUAAGUAUUCGUCAAUCCAGUGUUUGGGAUAUUGUUGCAUUGAUUCCAAAUUAUUUUUAUGAAACUGAAGUUCUGUAACUUUUGACAUAACCAGAUUAUAACAUAUAUGUUAUAACAUACAUUAUAACAGAACCAGAUUCAGAAAUAAUUCAGGGUCCAGCAGCUUUUUGUGAACAUGUAGUUGUACUGUCAUUUAAUACUUUCUUUUUAUACUAUUUUUAAAUAUAUGUAUUUGUUCAUUUAUUUUGAGACGUGUUUAAAUUCCUUCAAUACAAUUGUCUGUAAAUAAAAAGCUUCAUCUUAAAAUAAAUCUUGGGUUGCAAAAAAAUUGAAUAUUUUUUCACCUGCUGCUCAAAAAUCAAGGCAGACUGAUUUGAUAUGUUCAGUGUUUGCAUGAUAAAGGAAAUGGUCUAAAGCUGAGAUGGAAUUAGC